ACUUUUUUAGUUAAUUUCCCAAUUAUGAAUGGGCUGCUCCUCAACGCUUGAUCCAAACGGGCCGGAAGUGUCGUGGGAGAGCAGGAACAAUCAAAUGUCAAUUAUUAGACUUCUGGUUUCUGAUAAUUCCAUCAUGUCUUCAGGAUUCGUAAUGCAGCGGUUAGUAAGGAUUGCGAGGCUAUCCCGUUCAUCUGCACCUUACUUUUGUGCUUAUGCUUCUUCUUCUAAAUCCACGGCGGCAAAACAGUGUCGUUCUAUUUCAAUUCUCCGAGAAAAUUCCUAUAUCUUGCAGAAAAAGGCCAUUCCUGGAGAAUUUUUGAAAUGGAGUUCGCUUGGUUUCUGUAGAACAUCAAGAUUCGCCACUGGGUUCAAUCCAUUGCAUCCGAAGCCACUUGACUCAAUUAUGGACGUCGAGAGGGCAAAGACCAAAUCUGCUGAGGAACUUUCUGAUAUAUGGAGUGAUUACCACUUGGGAAGAGGUCAUAUUGGUGCAUCAAUGAAAGCAAGUUUAUACCAUCUUUUGGAGCAAAGAUCUCAAAAUUGCCGGUAUUUUGUGAUCCCACUGUGGAGAGGGAAUGGCUACUCGACAAUGUUCGUACAAGUACAGGCACCACACAUCCUCAUAACUGGCCUUGAAGACUACAAGGCUAGAGGAACACAAGCAUCUCCAUACUUCACCAUUUCUUACUACACAGAAUUCGCAGAAAGCAAGGAUCUAGUGCUUGUCCGGGGGGAUGUCGUCUUCACCAGCAAACUCAGUGACUCCGAAGCCAAAUGGCUCUUGGAGAUAGCACACUCCUUUUAUAUGAACGAUACGAGGUACAAACUUGUUGAGACCUUUAACAAAGAAACAAGGAAGUUUGUGUUUGAGGAUGUUUUGCGUGCAUUGGGAAUGCCAAUUUUGUAGUUGAAGCAAGUGUUAACCUCCCCAAUAUCUUAAGUUGAGUUUGGGCUUCAAGAGCAUUGGAUCUUUCUGUGUAUUCACAGUUUUUCAUCGCGGAAAUGUCUGAAAUACCUUGCAGGCUGGGGGUGUAUUACCUGGAGCUUAUUUCAAAAUUAAUGUGAACUCGAGUUUUAGUUAUUAGAGUAACUUGUUUGGGUAAUGCUGAAGAAGGGAGCACUGUAUUGUCUAAUAGUGUUUGACAUUAGUAGUGAGGUAAAUGUACCGGAUUGGAUAUUAAUGAGCUUGAGUUCCGCUUGUGAUUUCAUUUCUGGACCACUCAAGUUUGAUCCAAAUAUUUGUAAUUCAGUUCACAUUAAAAAGUACGAAACACA